CAAGAGCGGUGGAACCAAGAACAUACAAACGUCUACCAUAAAUUGAAGAUGAAGGUUUUCGGAGUCAUUGGUGCAUGCGUUAUGCUACUGCAGCCAUCUGUGAUAUGCAGGAAUCUCAAAGUUGUACCGAUAGAAGAUAAGGAUUUCUGGUACCAGGAGGGCAAAAAUCGAAUCCGGAAUCAACUGACUAAAAAGUUAAGCGUCAACCGGGCGAAGAACGUUAUAGUAUUUGUUGGUGAUGGAAUGGGCUUGACGACGAUUACAGCGUCACGAAUUUACAAAGGGCAAAUCAAUGGCGAAUUGGGCGAGGAAAACUACCACUCAUUUGAACUUUUCCCUGGCGUUGGAUUGAUCAAGACCUACAACACUGACGCGCAAGUUCCUGACUCUGCUGGAACUGCGACAGCAAUGUUUAGUGGCAUAAAGACCAAGUCAGGAACUUUCGGCAUCGACGCAACUUUGCCAACUGGGGAAUGUGACCCUGCCGUUUUUGAGGCAGCCAAGGUCGACUCCAUACUCAAGUGGGCUCAAGAUGCUGGUAAACGCACGGGAUUGGUUACAACCACAAGAAUCACCCACGCCACCCCGGCGGCGGCGUAUGCUCACGUGUCAGAUAGAGAUUGGGAAUGUGACAGUGAGAUCCCGUCUCAAUACAGAGAUUGCAUGAAAGACAUCGCCAAGCAGCUUGUUGAGGACUCUCCUGGCAAAGAUAUCAACGUUAUCUUUGGAGGCGGCCAGCAGCAGCUUGGCUUUGGAAAUGGUGAUGGCUCCUGCCAACGCGAGGAUGGAUUAAACUUGACUGCCAUUUGGGAGGAAAAUCGCAAAGCGGAGGGAGUCAGUCACCGCUUUGUCACCACCAAAGGCCAAAUGGAUGAACUUAGCACCGAAGAAAAAGUGCUUGGCCUGUUCGACUUUGGUCACAUGGCGUAUGAACUGGAGAGAGAAAAUACAGAGCAACCGUCCAUCGUGAAUAUGACAGUCAAGGCCAUUCAGAUGCUGCAAAAAGCGGAGAACGGAUUCGUGCUGAUUGUCGAGGGCGGAAGGAUCGACCACGCUCAUCAUGACAACUAUGCGAAGCUUGCAUUGACCGAGGCGAUAAUGUUCGAUGAAGCCAUUGCGGCGGCCGUGGCGAUGACCUCGAGGGAAAACACCCUCAUAGUAGUCACCGCUGAUCACUCGCACUCGCUAACUUUUAAUGGUUAUCCAGAUAGGGGAAACGACAUACUUGGUUUUGCACACAACGAGUCUGAUAAGAAGCCCGUUUACGAGACCUUGACCUACGCUAACGGUCCUGGGUUUAAUGUGCACCGUAAAGAGGGGGCCCUUGGCGCAGGAGACUACCUUUGGAAAGACCCUACCCUGAUGGAAGAUAGGGAUGAACUGUACUAUAGGCACUUUGCACCCAUCUUCGAAAAGUCCGAAACCCAUGGCGGAGAAGAUGUUGCCAUUUAUGCAAUUGGUCCUUUCUCGCACUUGUUCAACGGUGUAUUCGAACAAAGUUACGUCGCACACGCUGUCAGCUGCAUUGGAAAUUUCGGGCCCAGCAAAGACUUAUGUAAUUCAUCGAUAUCAGUGAAAGCUGUUUCUGUUCUAGUCCUGAUCAUGGCAUACAUUUCCAGUCGUCUUGUUUGACGAGCCUGAAAUGCUAUUUUGUGAAUGCACGCCUUGUUUGCACGUUUUUGGCAAUGUCCACCGUAGACAAAUGAAUUUUGCCCCGGCAAAAACAAACAAAUACAUGGGCCACCAAUUUUAAACAAA